GUGGCUGGAACUUCGCAAACUCUGCAAACGUCCCCAGCACCGCAGAUCCUGUGUUCAGCUGGCGCCCAGCUCUGCACAGGCAGUGCAUCCCGGUGUGCGUUGCUCCCCAAGGAGCUGGAGCGGGGCCACCUGGCGGCUGGAAAGGUGUGGCCCCGCAGCCCGGGAAACCCGAGCCCUCGCAGCCUGGGUGCUGUGGCUGCUGGAUGAGUCUGCCAGCCUGCUGAGCAUCGAGGAGCUCGUCGGGCACCGCGGGGACAUGGUGUCUUGGCUCUGGAGAAGGCUUCGUGGCAAGAGGUGGUCUCUGAUGGCAUCCUGUCUCUUGAUGACCCUGUCUGCAGUGGCUGUCACCCAUUUCCCCCCAGGGCAUCCAGCAGCUAGCCCUGACCCUGGUUCUAUGGAGCCCCAGGGGGAAGUUGGCUCACCUGACCCCAACACCUGGCAGGCUUUGAACUCCAGCCUGAGGCAGCGGGCAAGAAACCUGGGAUUCUGGAGAGGCAGGCUUCCACAGAGAGUGAGGUGGGAUGUUACUAUGACAGGAGAUUCCACACUCAGUGCCCAGCAUCAAGUGCUCCUGACAGAUGGAAUCAGAGAUCCAGGAGCCUCAGCUCCAGACCUGCCUAGGGAUGAUGAUCCCAUCCAGGAGACACAGAGUGAGACCGGUGCCCUACUCAGCCCACUCACAGGGAACAGCCAGGAAGACUUACAGGUGUGGAGAUCUGCUUCAGGGAACUUCCAGCCCCAUCCAGGGGAAAGCAGGGAUUUGCUUCAAGGAGCCCAGGACUCUGCUGGUGGGGAAUUAGCAAAGGAUGCUACCCCAGGUUUAGGGGCUCGUUGGUGGCCUGGCUCUGUUGGGGAGCUGCAGAAGUCCAUAUGGUGUAAGGCUGAAACCUCUGGGCUACCAGCCAGCACUGUGACUGGGGGGAAGGUUCCCCCAUGGCUCACAGAACAUGAUGUGCAGACCCUCCAGCUAUUGGCCCAUGGGGAGGUGGUGGGCAAAGCCAGGGUUCCAGCCCAUGGGCAGGUGCUGCAGGUUGGCCUGUCUGUUGGGGGUACCCUCCAGGACAUGUCUUCUCUCAAACUCAGCCAACUGUGCUCCCAGGGCCUCUGUGGCUUGGUCAAGAGGCCUGGAGACCUGCUUGAAGUCCUGUCCUUCCAUGUAGACCGUGUAUUGGGGCUCCAGCGAAGCCUGCCUGCUGUGGCCCGUCGCUUCCACAGCCCUCUUCUGCCCUACCGCUACACGGAUGGAGGUGUGAGACCCAUCAUCUGGUGGGCACCUGAUGUACAGCACCUGGGAGACCCAGAUGAGGACCAGAACUCUCUGGCCUUGGGCUGGCUACAGUACCAGGUCCUGCUGGCACGAGGCUGCAGCUGGCCAGGCCAGAUCCCAUGCCUGGGCAUCCACCAUGCUGAGUGGGCACGACUGUCCCUCUUUGACUUCCUGCUGCAGGUCCACGACCGCCUGGAUCGCUACUGCUGUGGCUUCGAGCCUGAGUCUUCAGACCCCUGUGUGGAAGAGAGGCUCCGAGAGAAAUGCCAGAACCCGGGUGAACUGCGGCUGGUCCAUAUCCUGGUCCGGAGCAGCAAUCCAUCUCACCUGGUGUACAUCGACAAUGCUGGCAACCUUCAGCAUCCCAAGGAUAAGUUGAACUUUCGGCUGCUGGAGGGCAUAGAUGGGUUUCCUGAGUCUGCUGUGCAGAUUCUUAAAUCAGGGUGUCUACAGAACCUGCUGCUCAAGUCGCUGCGAAUGGACCCAGUGUUCUGGGAGAGCCAAGGUGGUGCCCGUGGUCUGAAGCAGGUCCUCCAGACCCUGGAGCAGCGAGGACAGGUCCUGCUGAGACACAUCCAGAAGCACAACCUCACACUGUUCAGGGAUGAGGACCUAUGAGACUGUCACUACCAGGGCAGGGCUCACCUUACUGGAGGGCUCUGCACAGUGCAAACCUGAGCUGGUGACUGUCCCUCCAAUGGCCUCUAUUCCUCUCAACAGUUGCCCAUCAAUUGACAAAUGGGAAAAGCUAGAAGCUAGAGGAGCACAUGGAUGCCAUGGAACAGCUCAACCCCUGAGGACAGUGGACAGGGUAUUGGGUCUUCAAUCUCACAUUCCCAUCUCCCAUCUCAGCUCUGGCUAUCAACUCCCAUACACCAAUAAAUAUGUUCAA